CAGUCCAAGAUGUUAAGACGAACCGGUCAGAAAAUGUGUUUGAUAAGUUGUUAGCAUGUAAACAAAAGUGUAUGUUUGUGUCGCUAAGUUUUAGAAGGCUAACUAUAACAAAACUGGGACAUGGCCAGCCUCAAAGUCUCCAGGAAGGACACAAGACCGCGGUCACCUCCAGAUAGGAAGCGUGCCAAGGCUUCUGAGGAUCUGAACUCGAUCCUGUCAGAGGAGGCCACCCAGAGUCCUGCACUGAAGCCAGACGACAUCCAGGCGUUAACCAUAAGACAUGAAGACCUGGAGAAGUUGCGUGUCCCCAAGCCCCCUAAGGACACCCAGAAGCCGGCGGCCAUGACACGCGUGCUGGUCAGGAAGUCCCGCCCCUCCGACCAGACCAGGAAGGGAAUACCCAUCUCUGUGGCCAGGCCGCUCCCACAGACAUGUGCUGUGCAACCAUUGCAGUACACAGGCCCGGGAGGUCCUCGCUUCGACCCUCAGGGCAUGAUACUACCGCACAGCAUCCUGGGAAACCUGGAGGACUUCAAGAGAGACAUGGAGGCCAGGGGGGAGAUGGAGCUGGCCAGCCGUGUCCCCGUUCCCCAGAGCAACCUCUCCCAAUUGGCUGAGGAGCAGAGGGGUGGGCCAGAGAGCAGGUCACACCCCGAUAACCGUGACGAGGACUUCCAGAGUCACGCCCUGCAGCAUUGGGAUGACUGCAUGUCCGAGAGGCGCCGCCAGCAGGACUUCAUAUCCCGGUUGCUGCAGAGGCCGGUGGAGCAGUUGGUGAUGAACCAGUCCAACCAGUACAGGCAGACACAGGAGCAGAGAGGCCUCAUCAGUAGGGGACUGCCCGCGCUGCACCCCGGACACGGUAACCGUGUGGGCAGUGAGUUCUGGAGUCUUCCACAGCACUAUGGCGACAGGCUGAGCGGCAUCACCGCCACACUCACCCAGACCGAGAGGGGCAACCCCCCACCUGUCUCACACAUCGCCCAGCCACACACCAUACGCCUGCAGUCAGGUAAUGUCCACCCUGAGUCCUCUGUGGGUUGUGCAUGGGACAGCAGUCUCUACCUGCAGCAUCGCAGAGAGGAGCUGAAACACGUGCUGAGAGAGCUAGACUUCAACCAGCCGGUUAGACACAAAUGCACAUGCAUGCACAAACACAAACAGCAGUCUCUACUUCCAGACACAAAUGCAUGCACACACAAAGACAAAAAGACCCACAUUGCACCUCAACAAGGCAACACAUUUGUGUUCACCUGGAUGGACCCUCUGUCCCGGUACGAUGAUGUUCUGUUGGAUGCCGUCUUGGUGCCUGCACUACGCUUUUGUGGAGAGGCGGCGGAGUGGACCGGCAAUGCGUUCUCACACAAGGACGAGGUGGGCAUCAGUGCGUGUGUGACGUUCGAGGCCCUGAGCGGGGAGAGUGCCAACUCCCACAUCGAGCUGGAGAACUACGGCAGCACAGCGCUCUACUACAGCUGGCAGAAGAUCCCACACACGCCGCGCUUCCCCGAGGCCCGCGCAAACAACACACGCAUGCAGAGCUUCUACUUUAACACCACCAUGGGCGUGAUCCUGCCUGGAGAGAAGCAGCGCGUGGCGUUGACCUUCAAGGGGUCGCGAGUGGGCAUCCUGAGCGAAGUGUGGCGGCUGCACACGCACCCCGUGCUGCUGGGGGGAGCGGCCCUCCAACUCACACUCAGAGGGGUCUCCAUAUACCAGGAUACCACGGCCCCCCACAGAGAGGCACUGCAGAUGGAGAUCCAGCACAGGGAGGCGUUGUCCGUGUGUGUGUCCGUGGUGAAUGAUCUGCUGCGGGGCAUCCGAAGCCCGGAGAGACCCAGCUCACCAGCACACAUAUACACCACGGAGGAGGAACACUUUACUAGCAUGAACCCACAGCUCCAUUACCACUACAAGACCGUAGAGGCCUUGAAGACGCUUUGGAAGGAAGUGACCUCAUCAUCGCCCAUGCCUCGCGACAUCUCCAAGGAAGUAACAUCAUCGUUGUCACCAUCCUCGUCGUCAUCAUCAUCAUCUUCAUCUUCCGUGCAUUGUGACAUCACCAGUCCAGACAGCCAGGGACCGGCUUGGGACCUGUGUGUCUCCUCCCUCAGAAAGGCGGUGUUAUGUCUGCCUAAGCGGGAUGCUAUGGAGGUGGGUGUGGUGGAGGGGACCCUGCACAGGUCGGAGGCUCUGGCUCGGCUCAACACCCUGGUGGUGGAGCUGCAGCAUCCACAGACUCCCCCUCCGCCCCUGGAUCCACACACCAUCACGCGUCAGCUGCUAAGAGAGGUGGUGGAUGGUCUGUGCAUGGAGGCCGUGGCCCUGAGGCAGAGCCUGGGCAUGCCGGAGAUGAAGACACCACACACGGGAGACAGCCAGCUACAACUACAGGACGAAGCAUGCAUGGCAGGCGUGAAGAUCAAGAAGGAGGAGAAGAGCGAGAAGAAAGGGAUGCCCUCCCCGAAAGACGACAAGAAAGGGGCGGCCGGCAAGGACAAGGAGGACAAGAAGGGCACGCCCAGGGCCACGCCCUCCAAAGACAAGGACAAAGAGGACCGCAGUGGCAGUCGGAAGAAGCCGAUUGGUGGAAAGGCUGGUAAGGAGGCGGGCUCUGAGCCUCCAUCAGUCAAUGGCACCAGCCCGGAGCAGGAGGAGGCGGAGCAACACGUAGAAUGUGUGGACCCCAGACUGAAGGACAAGUACCGCAGACUGCUACAUCACCAGGUGUACGUGCGAGUGAAGUGUAUGCUGAUGACUCUAUGGGACAUCAUGGAAGACUCUCCUCCACCAGAGCAGCACAGGGACUGAAGGAGAACACACACACACACACACACACACACACACACACACACACACACACACACACACACACACACACACACACACACACACACACACACACACACACACACUACCAGAACAACUGAAAGAUUGUAAAAGACUCAGACACACACACACACUAGCACACGCACACACACACACACACACACACACACACACACACACACACACACACACACACACACAC